AUGUGUGACAUGGGGGGAUUGGAUAAUCUGGUGGCGAACACGGCCUACCUUAAGGGGGGUGACGAAAAAGAGAUGAGGAAGAGGCGGCGCAGCCUGUCCCUGCCCAAGCCAGAACAGUGCGUGUCCAUCCGCGCCACGGUUGGGAAAGAAUUUGAGAUGCUCUGCGAGAGGCAGCCCAUAGGGAAGAAGUUCUUCCGACAGUUCCUCCUGGAGUCCAACCCGCAGUACGUGGCGGCCGCAGAGUUCCUGGACGAGUUAAUCGACUGGGAUCUGGCAGAAGGCGCUGGCAAAGAUAAGGCGAGGAUGAACAUCAUCAACAAGUUCUGCAAGGCUGACUCCAAGAACUUCCUGUCUUACCUGACGGGAGAGGUAGCGGACAAGUGCAAGGCGGUGUCGGAAAAGGACUUUGAAGACGUGAUGAUGGGCAAGGUGAAAGAUGCCACGCGGGAGUACCUGAAGGAAAAGCCCUUCACAGAGUACCAGACCAGCCCUAACUUUGACAAGUUCCUGCAGUGGAAAGAGUACGAGAAACAGAAAAUCACUGAUAAGUAUUUCUAUGAGUUCAGGACCCUGGGUAAGGGAGGCUUUGGAGAGGUGUGUGCCGUGCAGGUGAAAAACUCAGGCCAGAUGUACGCCUGCAAAAAGCUGUGCAAGAAGCGUCUGAAGCAGAAGAAUGGUGAGGGCAUGGCACUGCUGGAGAAGCAGAUCCUGGAGAAGGUUAACAGCCUGUUCCUGGUGAACCUGUCCUACGCCUACGACUCCAAGACCCACCUGUGCCUCGUCAUGACCCUGAUGAAUGGCGGCGACCUCAGGUACCAUAUCUAUAACAUUGGUGAAAAAGGCCUUGAAAUCGGCCGCAUCAAUUACUACAUUGCACAGGUCACCACAGGAAUCCUCCACCUACACGCCAUGGAUAUAGCGUACCGAGACAUGAAGCCAGAGAAUGUGCUACUGGACAGCUUCGGCCAGUGUCGACUCUCGGAUCUGGGGUUGGCCGUGGAGCUGCCUGGCGAAAAGACCAUCAAUCAAAAGGCUGGCACAAGUGGCUACAUGGCCCCAGAGAUCCUGAAGAAAGAGCCUUACCGGAUGUCAGUGGACUGGUGGGCACUGGGCUGCAGUAUCUACGAGAUGGUGGCAGCUCGCCUGCCCUUCAAGGACUAUAAGGAGAAGGUGCAGAAGGAGGAGGUGGCACGGCGCACCCUCGAGGAUGAAUGCAAGUACGAGCACAAGAACUUUGACGAGGGCACCAAAGCCAUCAUCGACCUCUUCCUCAAGAAGAAAAUUGACGAGCGUCUGGGAUGCAGGACCAAGAACGAGGACCCAAGGAAGCAUGAGUGGUUCAAAGGCAUUAACUUCCCUCGACUGGAGGCGGGGCUGAUCGACCCACCCUGGGUCCCCAAGCCCAACGUGGUCUACGCCAAAGACACGGGGGACAUCAAAGAUUUCUCUGAGAUUAAGGGUGUCGUGUUUGACGACAAAGAUGACAAAUUCUUCAAGGAGUUCAACACGGGGGCGGUGCCCAUUGCAUGGCAACUGGAAAUGAUUGACAGCGGACUUUUUGACGAGCUGAACGACCCCAACAGGAAAGAGUCGGCCGCUGGAUUGGACGACGAGGAGAAGAAAUCAAAAUCCUGCACUCUUUUAUAA